AAGCUGCUUUGCCUCUUUUGGGCCCCUGAGUGCCACACGACACUUUAGUGUGGCCCUUCUAUUGUGCAGACACCAUGUUGACUCCUGCUGCUCCUGUCUUCUGGCUCUGUGCAGCCUCCUGCCUUCUAGCCACUGGUGGCGCCACAGGACCCCGACUCAACAACAAGCAGCUGUACAAAUUCCACUACACCACCCAGGUGCUGGUGGAUGGGGCCCGGGGCCCGAAGGAGGGCGGUGUGGGCUCCAAAGUCUCCAGCGACGUGGACGUCAAUCUCUUGUGGCGAGACCCCCGUGACCAAGACGAGCAGCUCAUCCAGAUCAAGAUGUCCAACGUGAGAGCUGACCACGCGUCCCAGCAGGCCCAGAAGAAGAAGAAUGUCCUCCAUGGAGGCAACAUUGAGAGUCUGCUGGGCAAAAGUAGACUGGCAGCGCUGACUAAACCUUUCUAUGUGCACCUGCGCAAUGGCAAGGUUAAGGCCUUUUAUUCCUACUGGGCGGAGCCUGCCAUCAUUAAGAACCUCAAACGAGGAGUGUCCAGCAUGUUGCAAGUGCAGCUCAACACUGGAAAAGUUAUAGAGAACGACGUGUCCGGAAGGUGCACAGUUGGCUACAAGGCAGAAAACAACCAGGUGACAAGAACAAAGUUCCUGCAGUCCUGCAAAACUGCAGAGAGCGGCUUCACCACACACAGUCAGGUUAUGGGUGUGGCCCGGAAGUCUCGCUCCGUCACGGUGUUCACACUGGAAGAAGGUUUCAUCCGCUCAGCUGUGGCUGAAGAAGAACACUGGCUGAUCGUCAACGCUCACCGCUCCUCAUCAGCCAAGGUUUUGUCCAGGCAAACCUUCACCCUGGUGGGCACAGAGGCCGGACCUCUGGAGGCUGCUGGGAAAGACCCUUCCAUGGUGGUCAAGUCCAUUGAUGCCAAGCUGGCAGCUGUUGGUAUCGUGGCGGAGAAGAUGACAUCCAAGUGCAAGAAAUGUCCCUCUCUUUUUGAAGACUGGAAAGCUGUUCAGAAGAAACUAGAGCCGGAGAGUUUAUCCAAGGCCGCGGCCCCUCGCAGCUUCCUGGCCCUCAUCCAGAGCAUCAGAAAAGGAUCCAAAGACGAAAUCCUGAAAGUGCUGAAGAGCGCCAGCAAAACUUCUCUUCCUCAAGUGGUGGAUGCUGUCACCUCCUCCCAGACCUCUGCAUCUUUGGAUGCCAUGCUUCAAUUCCUCAACUUCACCGACGCCAAAGGUCUGGUUCUGCAGGAGAGGUUUCUGUAUGCCUGCGGAUUUGCCUCGCAUCCCAACGAGCGCAUGCUGCAGGCUCUGUUGGAGAUUGCUAGAGGGAAGAUCGGCAGCACGGACAUCAAGGAGUCUGUGGUGAUCAUUAUGGGAGCCCUGGUCCACAAGCUGUGUCAGAAAGGAGGAUGCAACUUGCCGACAGUGGUGCAGGUCAAGAAGAUGAUUCUGGCGGGUCCGGACAGCACGCAGGAUGAAGCCCAGGUCCAGAUGUUCCUCCUGGCCCUAAAAAACUCUCUGCUCCCUGAGGCCAUUCCCAUCUUCACCAAAUAUGCUGAGUCGGAAGUGGGCGCGUACAGCACCAUCGCCCUCACCAGUCUGCAGAGAUACGAUGCCACGCUCAUGACGGACGAGGUGAAGCAAACGGUGAACAGAGUUUACCACCAAAACCGACGGAUUUAUGAGAAAAACGUGCGAGCUGCUGCCGCCGACGUCAUCCUCAGCAGCAAGCCGUCAUACACGGAGGUGAAAAAUCUCCUCUUGUCCAUCGGCCACCUGCCUCAUGAGAUGAACAAGUACAUGUUAUCCAAGAUCCAGGACAUCCUCCGCUUCCAAAUGCCCGCCAGCAAAGUGCUGAGACAAGCUAUGCAGGAUAUAAUUGCACACAACUAUGACCGCUUUUCAAAAUUCGGGUCAUCGUCCGCAUUCUCAGGAUUCAUGGCAAAAUCUGCCGACGUGACGUCCACAUACAGUCUGGACAUCCUGUACUCGGGCUCUGGGAUCCUGAGAAGGAGCAACAUGAACAUCUAUGGUGCCAGUAAAGGAGCAGUGCUCCACGGACUACAGGUGGCCAUCGAAGCGCAGGGCUUGGAGUCGCUCAUCGCCGCCACGCCCGAUGAGGGCGAGCAAGACUUGGAGUCUUUCGCCGGGAUGUCAGCGCUGCUGUUUGACGUCCAGCUGAGGCCGGUCACCUUCUUCAAGGGCUACAGCGACCUCAUGGCCAAAAUGUUCUCCAUGAGCGGGGAACCCAUGAAUGUAGUGAAGGGCCUCAUUCUGCUCACCGACCAUUCUGAGGUCAUUCAGCUGCAGUCCGGUCUGAAGGCAAGUGCGGAGUUCCAAGGCGGGUUAGCCAUCGACAUCUCUGGCGGCAUGGAGAUCAGCCUGUGGUACCGGGAGUCCAAGACCAGCGUCAACAACAGGGGCGCACUGGUGGUCUCUGGUAAUGUUACAGUAGACUUGGACUUCAUGAGUGCCGGUUUGGAGGUCAGCUUUGAAACCGAGGCCGCCCUGGACUUCAUCACCACCGUGCAGUUCUCCGAGUAUCCCUUCCUGGUGUGCAUGCAGAUGGACAAAACCACCUUCCCUGUCCGUGAACACGUGAAGAAGCACGAGAGUCUGCCGUCAAGGAAGAGCGUGGUGUCACGGAGGAGCAGGAAGAUGCUCGUCCCCGGCUCGGAAUUCCCACUUCACCAGGAGAACUCCAACAUGUGCAAGAAGGUUUUUGGCCCCGGCUGGUAAGGAAGUCCAGUAGACUCCCAGGAAGGGAGGUUAGUUUCCCCUCUAUGAGGUUUCAUCUCACCGUCAAACACCCAAGAGACACGUGUGGGGAACGGCUUUUGUUUUGCAAUGUUUACAUUCCUGUGAGUAUUUAAGAAAUCAUUUGACUUUUUUUUUUUUUUUGCAAUUGGGAGUUAUUUUGUUGUCUUUUUAUGGUUGUAUUUAUGUCGCUCACAUACAGUGCCAUGAUGGGGUAGACAAAGGACAUCAAGCAAAAGAAAACUGGGCUGGGCGAUAUGCUGAGAAGUCUUUUAUAAUUGUCAAUGUCGAUAAUUAGUGAUAUUUUUAGUCAAAUGAGGACCUGGAGAAAAAUAAAUGAAAUGUAAACUUUGCUAUUUAGAAUCUAACCUGCCUUUUAUUUGAAAUCCCCUCAGCUAUCAAGGCAGGAAUGAAAGUAAACGUCAACGCAAACCAGGGGAAAAAAAUCACUUCAAACAAAACACGAGACAAUAACCUCUUAAAGGCCUACUGAAAUGAAUUUUUUUUAUUUAAACGGGAAUAGCAGAUCAAUUCUAUGUGUCAUACUUGAUCAUUUUGCGAUAUUGCCAUAUUUUUGCUGAAAGGAUUUAGUAGAGAACGUCGAUAAAGUUCGCAACUUUUGGUCUCUGAUAAAAAAAAAACCUUGCCCCUACCGGAAGUAGCGUGACGUUGUCAGUUGUUCACUCCCUCAUAUUUUCCUAUUGUUUUCAAUGCAGCGAGAGCUAUUCGGACCGUGAAAGUGACGGUUACCCCAUUAAUUUGAGCGAGGAUGAAAGAUUCGUGGAUGAGGAACGUUAGAGUGACGGACUAGAAUGCAGUGAAAUACAUAUUUUUUUUCGCUCUGACCGUAACUUAGGUACAAGCUGGCUCAUUGGAUUCCACACUUUCUCCUUUUUCUAUUGUGAAUCAGGGAUUUGUAUUUUAAACCACCUGGGAUACUAUAUCCUCUUGAAAAUGAGAGUCGAGAACGCCAAAUGGACAUCACAGUGACUUUUAUCUCCACGACAAUACAUCGACGAAGCUCUUUAGCAUCUUUAGCAUGAGCUAACGUGAUAGCAUCUGUCUCAAAUGCAGAUAGAAACAAAAUAAAUAAAUCCCUGACUGGAAGGAUAGACAGAAUAUCGACAAUACUAUUAAACCAUGGACAUGUAACUACACGGUUAAUAGAUCUCAGCCUGGCAAAGCUUAACAAUGCUGUUGCUAACGACGCUAAGGCUAACUUAGCAACCGGAGCUCACAGAGCUAUGAUAAAAACAUUAGCGCUCCACCUACGCCAGCCAGCCCUCAUCUGCUUUGCUCAGCAACACCCGUGCUCACCUGCGUUCCAGCGAUUGACGGCGCGACGAAGGACUUCACCAGAUCAUCCGUGCGGUGGGUCUGCUAGCAUCGGCUAGGCGUCUGCUAGCAUCGGCUAGGCGUCUGCUAUCCGAGUAAGUGGUCCUUGUGUUGCUACAGCCACCUACAACGUUCUUCUUUGCAGCCUCCAUUGUUCAUUGAACAAAUUGCAAAAGAUUCACCAACACAGAUGUCCACAAUACUGUGGAAUUAUGAAAUGAAAACAGAGCUUUUUUGUAUUGUAUUCAAUGGGGAAGGCAUACCUCUGUUCCCCGGGCUACGUCACGCGCAUACGUCAUCCUUCGAAGGCUUUGUCAACCGGAAAUGUGGCGGGAAUUUUAAAAUGUCACUUUAUAAGUUAACCCGGCCGUAUUGGCAUGUGUUGCAAUGUUAAGAUGUCAUCAUUGAUAUAUAAACUAUCAGACUGCGUGGUCGCUAGUAGUGGCUUUCAGUAGGCCUUUAAAGUUAGGGUGAAAAAAUCUGGUGUAUUUAAAAAAAAAAAAAGCUUAAAGUGUAACAAAAUAGUGUUAAAAUGUUCACAUAGAGAAACCUGAGAACUAUUUUCUGCAGGUUCAGACAGCAGUGUUUUUCAACCACUGUGCUGCGGCACACUAGUGUGCCGUGAGAUACAGUCUGGUGUGCCGUGGGAGAUUAUCUAAUUUCACCUAUUUGGGUUAAAAUUGUUUUUUGCAAAGCAGUAAUUCUAGUCUGCAAAUGAUGUGUUGUUGUUGAGUGUCGGUGCUGUCCAGAGCUGGGCAGAGUAACCGUGUAAUACUCUUCCAUAUCAGUAGGUGGCAGCAGGUAGCUAAUUGCUUUUGUAGAUGUCGGAAACAGCGUGCAGGUAAAAGGGUGUCUAAUGCUUAAACAAAAAAAUAAACAAAAGGCGAGUUAGGGAAGGCUAUGCAGAACCAAACUAAAACUGAACUGGCUACAAAGUAAACAAAAACAGAAUGCUGGACGACAGCAAAGACUUACUGUGGAGCAAAGACAAUGUACAUCCGAACAUGACAUGACAAUCGACAAUGUCCCCACAAAGAAGGAUAAAAACAACUGAAAUAUUCUUGAUUGCUAAAACAAAGUAGAUGCGGGGAUCAUCGCUCAAAGGAAGACAUGAAACUGCUACAGGAAAAUACCCCAAAAAAGAGAAAAAGCCAGCAAAAUAGGAGUGCAAGACAAGAAGUAAAACACUACACACAGGAAAACAGCAAAAAAGUCCAAAUAAGUCAGGGUGUGAUGUGACAGGUGGUGACAGUACACCUACUUUGAGACAAGAGCUAUAGUCAUGCAUGCUUGGUUAUGCUUUAAAGUCAUAUCCAACAACCACUUUUUACUGUCAACUGAGUUUUUAGUUUUUUACUGAUUUCUGCUGGUGGCGUGCCUCCGCAUUUUGUCAAUGCAAAAAAAUGAGCCUUGGCUCAAAAAAGGUUGAAAAACAGUGCUCUAAAGGGUGAGCGCAGUUACAAGUGCCUUGGUCUGACUACGGUCCAAUUUAGUGAGUCCAAAAAAAUGUCCAGAUGGCGUUUCCUGUUUUAUGGCUAAUUCCUUUGCUCUCUGCAGCACUCAUUAUCACUUUCUCUUCUCAGUCCAUGCAGAGAAUCCACCGCGAGACAACAACAUGGUACAACCAAACUUGAUAGUUGAUACUGUUGCCCGAUUGGCUGUUAGCAUGGCACUUCCUGCGUUGCUCAGUUAGCGAGUGUCUUCGUUCAUGCAACUUCACAACUUCCUGUUUCUUCCAAAAAAAGAACAAGAAAAUCUAACAUUUUAUCGAACACAUUUUUAAUCGCUAUUGAUUGGAGGUCUAUAGUGAUAUAUGUUGAUAUUGUUUUAUCGCCCAGCCCUCACGUGAAGCGACUGACCUAAACACAGUAGGCUCCAUGUCAGUAAAUGAUUCACACUCGUGUUGUUUCCACCAGACAAGAUCUGGGAUGGAAAAGAAAUCCACCAAAAUAAAUAUCAAAAGUUUUCAAGAAGUAUUUUUGUCUCACCUACACAUUUCUGAAAGUGUGACCGUUUGCUGAGCAAAUCAUUAUUUCUUCUAGAUUUUCCAGAACAAAAAUUUUUAAAAUAAAUUCAAAAGACUUUGAAAUAAGAUUUAAAUUUGAUUCUAAAGAUUUUCUAGAUUUUCCAGAAUAAUUUUUUUGAAUUUUAAUCAUAAUAAGUUUGAAGAAAUAUUUCACAAAUAUUCUUCGUCGAAAAAACAGAAGCUAAA